AUGGCGUUGACCGCUCAAGUACACUUCUUGGAUGGCACCUUGAGUCUCAUCCAUAUCCCCCUGAGCCUCUACCCUACCUUACUCCAGCCCAUACUCCGACUCCUCCUUCCACAAAGCCGUGGCUCACCACCCGAUCUGAACCUUGACAGCCUCACCCUGGACAGCAGUCAACAUGGCUUCCUCAACAUCAGCGUUACCCCUCUCGAGUGCUCCAUAGUCUGCCACUCCUCCUGGGCCAAAACAAUCUUUGAACCAGCCAUCAAGCAACUACCCCGCGACGCGGCCAAAACAGUCAUCAUCUCCAAAGAUGACUACGUCGUCUUCUCCGUCAUCAGCGUCGGGAUGGACGCCGGGUCUCGAGUAGCGGACCUCACCUCCCCCUUGGCUCUAGCCAACAUCCCCCUCUUUUUCAUCACGACCUAUUACUCUGACUUCAUCCUCGUCCCAGUCAAAGACAGGCAGGCGGUCGAGAACACGUUGCUAUCACGGGGGUUUGUCUUUUCGGAAGACAAUGAUGACAACUUCCCUUUUACAUCCCCUUACAGCACCAACCACGGCAGGAGGGCGAGUCAAGGCAGCAGCUUGAACGAACUCCCCACCACGGCCCGACAACAACCACCACCACCGUCCGCGAUCCCGGAGCUCCAGGAGAGGACGUUUGACAAUCUCAAAAAGAGGAACGUGGUCCCUUAUGUCGAGCAGGGUCUGCUGCUGGUGCAGUGCUCGGGCAGGCAGGAAAAUAACAUGAUAGGGGGUUACUCGGAACGGCCGUCUACCUUUCAGACUAACGGGCAUGGGAGCCGCAACCGGCAUUCUGCGCACAAGCCGUGCUGGGCCGAUACGGUUGAUACUAAGCUUUAUACUGGGCUGGUGUCGGCUUUGGUGUCCCAGCCGAGGUUUUUCAGUAUCACACUGGCGCAGGACGAUCCGCCUUCGUUGCUGCUGGAUAGGGAGUUGGUGGGGAUUUUUGGGGAUAGUCUUGUUGGGGCGACGACGGAGGGGGGGGUUUCGCUUGUGCCGAUUUUUCUGGACUUGAGCAGUCUGCCCAUCGAGGCGACGGGGAUUGUGAGCGGGGUGGCGGGGACGUUGGUGAAGGAGCUGAAGGAGCAGUACGGGGUGGUGGCGGAGGAGGAGGAUGGGGGUGGUGGGAGGAGGGGGAGGGGGAGUGCGCAGGAGGAGGAGUUGGAGUUGAGUUUUUUGAGCACGGUGAGGGCGGGGGCGGUGAUUUUGGGGGAGGAGGUUAGUAUUAGGGCGAUGGAGGCUUUGAGGAGGGUUCUGGUGAGGGAGGGGAAGUGAAUGGGGGGGUUGAAAAGAGAAGGGGAAAAAAAAAGAUCAAAAAGGGACAAGGUGUGGGGGUUAUAUACAAGGCAUAGGUUGAGUGCGCGUUCAUAUCAAAAGUUCACCACUUCAUCUCGUAUUACAAAGUUUCAAAUAUAGGUAUCCUUCCAACUGAUGACUGUCGCAUCAUGUCCGUGACUUCCAAUCACUUGAACCGAGGGCAUCUUUCGCACCCCUCCUGCUAGUGUCAUACCCAGCCCCCUCAAACCUUCCUAUCCAAAUCCAUUCCUUCCUCCUCCUCUUACCCAAACCCACAUCGGUGUCACCUCCCCUUCUUCCUCCCCCCCUCCUUCUCCUCAGUCACCAAUCCAGCCCUGACAAACCCAUCCCUAGCAGCCAUAUUAAUCAACGCGAACCGCCUCGGCCCCAGCUUCUGCCCUCCAUACCACCGCGUCACCACCACCAUGACAUCCCACAAGUCCAUAACCUGCAUCAGGUGAAGCAGCCUCCCUCCCGCGGCCGUCUCCCCGUCGUCGUCACAAUCUUGAUAACUCGUCCCGUUUUCGCCUCUGAUCCGCCAAGCGGUGAUAUUAUGUGUCGCCGACCUCACUUUUUUGUCUGUUGCCAGCAGGUGCGCGAGAUAGCCUUUUGCUUGGGAGACGGAUGUUACCGGGACGGUGCGGGCUACGAAGGUUGACUUAAGCUCGGUGAAGGGGGCGCUUAAGAUCCAAGGAGGUGGCCAAAGUGAGGAGGUCAUUGAAGGAUUCGAUUGCGUCAAAGAGGCAGACUUGGCCUGGGGUGUGGACUUGGGUGAUUGCGUCCCUGAAGAGGGAGAGGUCGCGGGCUGCGGUGCCUUUUGGGAGGGCUGGGUUGGAGGAGUGUGUUGAGAGG